GCUAUUUUAUUUACUUUAAAUGUUGUUACACCAAUAUAAAGUUUUUUUUGUAUAUAAAGUAUGGUUGACCAGUGCGUAAAUUGAACAACGGCUGUUAUAAAGUUAACCACAUUGACUGUUGUCAAGUGUUUUUUUUUGUUACUUGAAUAAUAGGCGAAUUGUCGGAAAAAGUUUUAUAUUUUAGUGCUGGGACUGAUGCAACCUCUGAAACAAGUUUCUCUUUUGUACGUAGCUCGAUUCGGAGUAGGCUAACAUAUGGUAAGGGGAGCACAGCUGGAGGUAGCGUUUCCAUUGCGGUGAUGUCAGAGUAGCUGACUCCACAGCUUGCAGUGUAUUUAGCGAACAGAGCACCAGUUUACUCACUCCCCCGAGCUUUUUUCUUAACCUUGCCCGAUGGGCGAGUGCUGGUAUUCACAAGCCUGAGUGUUUGUUCGUCUAUUUUGCGUUCUAGGUCAAUUGAACGGUUCCUCAUGAUUGUGCAGUGAUUACGAACAGCCGAAUAGACAGAGUUUAGGUCUGUGUGUGCGACUGUGCCCGGUCCGUCCUGUCCGCAUUUUCAUGGGAAGCGCAAAAACUAAUGAUCAACUAAUCGGACUGCUGUUGGUCACUGGAGAGAAAGGUUAUGAAGGAAGAAUGGAGUUCCCAGACCAUAGCCGUCAGUUGCUGCAGUGCCUGAGUCAGCAGCGUCACCAAGGUUUCCUCUGUGACUGCACUGUUCUCGUUGGGGAGGCGCGAUUCAAAGCACACAGAGCUGUGCUGGCCUCAUGCAGCAUGUACUUCCAUCUCUUCUACAGGGACCAGCCAGACAAAAGGGACGUUGUGCAUCUGAACAGUGACAUUGUGACAGCCCCGGCUUUCAGUCUGCUCCUUGAAUUUAUGUAUGAGGGGAAGCUGGAAUUCAACACUCUGCCAGUGGAGGAUGUCCUGGCUGCGGCCAGUUACCUUCACAUGUAUGAUAUAGUGAAAGUGUGCAAAGGUAAGCUGAAAGAUAAGGAACUAUCCACCCUGGAUGAGAAGGUUAGCGAGGGGAUAACACUGGAGAACUCCUCAGACAGCGAGCUGCACAGCAAGCAGCCAGGGCCAGGCCGGCGAGAGACACAGACACAGCAGCAGCACCAGAGAGCCCCCCCGGGAGAGGAGUUUCACAUGGACAACAGCAAAGUCAGGCUGGCUGUCACAGAUUGUGAUAGGUCUGCACAGAGCAGGCAGAAGGCAAAUGGUCACCCUGGCAGGUCCCCGGACCUUGUAGGUGUCAAUUAUGUGUCAGCAGAGGCCGAGCCCUGCGUCCAAACAGCUGGAAAAACAAAAGCUGAUGUCAGUAGUUCCACAAUAUUGUUGUCCCAGAGGUCCCGGGCUUCAGAUGACAUGGACUGCGCUCUGGAUUUGUCUUUCAAGCCACUGUCUAGCAGAGAUCCCUUACACCCCUCCUACGUCUCAGGACAGCUGGCCCUCGACAGCCAGCAGCAGGGCACUGAGCCACUUGUUAAAGACGAACACGACUUGCUGUCAGAGCAGGAGGACAGUGAGCCGAUGAGCCCGGAGAGCCAGCGCUUUGGGAAUAGCGCCAGGAGCUCAGUGGUGACAGGGUUCACUGCCCUCUUCCCAGGCAACAACGGCUCCACGGCGGCCCUACUCUCCCAGGAGGAAGACCUGAUGGAGGAGGGGGAGAGCUGUGGGGGAAGGGAGGGCACGAGAGGCAGAGAGGGCGAGGAGAGGAGGGGGAGGCUGCUGGGGGACAGUGAAGAGGAGGAUGACCUGGCUUCCUCGGACAUCUCCACUUCCAGUGGGAUGCUCCUGCCCCCGGGGCAACAGGUGUGUGUGUGCCCACUCUGCAGCAAAGUGUUCCCCAGUUCCCAUGUGCUCCAACUGCACCUCAGCUCGCACUUCCGCGAGAAGGACGGGGCACGCUCCAAGCUCUCCCCUGACGGCUCUGUUCCCACCUGCUCACAGUGUGGCAAGACCUUCUCCUGCAUGUACACCCUGAAGCGGCAUGAGCGCACACACUCUGGCGAGAAGCCGUACACCUGUGGCCAGUGCGGCAAGAGCUUCCAGUACUCUCAUAACUUGAGCCGGCAUGCCGUGGUUCACACACGUGAGAAGCCUCAUGCCUGCAAGUGGUGUGAGCGGCGCUUCACCCAAUCUGGGGACCUGUACCGCCACAUCCGGAAGUUCCACUGUGGCCUUGUCAAGACCCUCGCCAUUGGAUAAACCCCUCUCACCAGUGCCAUGAAAUAAGACAAACGUUUUAUCACUCCCUGAGUACUACUGCGUAUACUUUUCUAGUUAUACAUAUUUACAAAUGAAUAACGACAUAACCUUUUGGAAUUCUACUCUGUGGCAUUUCUUAAGUUAAAUUGUAGCAACUUUAGAAUGCACAAAACUGGAUUUCACUGGAAAGAUGUUGGGCUUUGUCAUUGGACUAUAUGAUUUAGUUGCACAAAACUAACAUGCUUUUCAACUCAAGCUGGAUAUACUGUAUGUUAAAGGUGGACAAAUCAGUUGCACUUGUCUAUUUCUGUAUUGGUACUGCAAAACUGCUGAGCUGGAUGAAGAGUAUUCUGCUAAAAGAAACAUUUCUAUGUACAUACCUUAUGUGCAAGGAAAUUAUAGCACAAUAUCCUGAAUGGAUGAACAACGUCUGAGUAGUGCACAUGGGGAAGGAGAAACAAAAACCGUCCAAGAGUAGCAGUAUAUUUUCUUUUUUAAAUCCAACCUUAUUUAUUAGUCUACCUGCUUAACAGGAACAAAUAUCGAAAGGCACUGAAAAAAAUAUUUGAAGUUGGAAUACUGGAUUUUUUUGGGGGGGGAUAGCUAGUAUUUACAUUUUCUUUAUGGUAGGAAUGAAGCAGACCACAUAAAAAAUGUUACCUAGAAUAGAGGACUAAAGGAAAGAUGAGUGGCAAGGGUUUUUAAUAUCAUAGUGAAAUGGAGCUUGUCCUGAAGGAAUUAAUUUUGCUGCACUGGCCUUUCAAUGUUCAUCACAGCUUGCUUAGAAUCAGGCUGCUGAAUGAACAUUAGAAGUGAAUUGUAUUAUCACCUUUACACUCUAGCAUGAUGCAUACAGUUUCACUAUGAAGUGAAAGAAUGCCUGUAUCACUGGUGCCUACUGAAAUUCUUGACACUCCUGUUCUCAGGCAAGCAUGGGACCUCUUGCCAUCAAUACAACUAAUCUGUUGGCCUUCAAAAACGUGGUUAGCACUUUCCGUUUACAGUGCAUUAAUACCAGGAAAUAACUCGGUCACUCUGUGAUAGUAUGCCAGUUGACUAACCAGUGUACUUAGAAAAAUGUAAUAAAUGUGCCAUAAAUCAAGCUUUUAUUGAUUAACAUUUGACUUCUAUUUAGUAAGUUCAAUUUCUGGGUUAAUUUUCUGUAUUUCAGCACUGUAAAAGAAAGGGUAACCACAUGUGAAUAUUCUAUUGCUGUCCAUGUAAUAAUGCUGGAGACAUGCCCCGAUAGACAGGGCAGAGAGUGGGUGAGGUGGUAAAUAUAUACUCUGUGUGCCUCCGUGCUUCUCUGAGGAGAUGGUGUACUGUGGAAAUCUUGUCGCAACGCUGUUCGUUCAUCAGAACUUCAUCAGUUUAUUUUGCCCCUUGCAUUUACUCUUAUACUGUCAUGUCUAUUUUUCUUUUAAUGUUGAAGUACUACUGAUAAUGUUUGAGUGAAACCUUUGGUGAAACUUAGCUUGACAGAGUCCUUGGACAGAAUAUGUACUUUAUGAGCCUGUUAUGUGUUGGAAGGAUUUCAUUAUAGUUGGGUUCAUUUUGAUGAUAUACAUAUGGAUUCCUACAAGGUGAGUAGCACUAAAAGUCCAAGAAAUUUGUUUAAUCUGUCCUGAGAAGACUUGAUCAGAAUUAUUUAUUAGUUUAACUUGGUUCAGGGUUUACUUUAGGUGUGAUCUGUUAAGAUGAGCUCAUUUCUCUAAGCUUGAAAGACUUUUGAUGUCUUUCCUUGGUAUUGGGGCUGUUUUUAUUACUUUCUGCAAAUCCUGUUACUGUAAUGAAUUGGUCUGUUAAUGUAUCUUACACAGAAUUCUUUAAGUAUUCAAGAUUUGUCUCACCAACCGUAGCGAAGCACUUGUUUUGAGCAUGCAUAUAGUUUCAACACUGAUAUUGUCUAGGCUGCUAUUUCUUACUAUUUGUAUAUUUAAUGUAAAUAUAUAUUCUAUUUAUCAGUGUCGUUUCUCUUUAUUACAAGAACACAUGUAGAGUUGAGAAAGCAAGGUGUCUUACGAAGGCUUCAAUCUCUUAGGGAAGAGUUCAUGUCUUCCCUCCCCCCAUUGAUUUGGGCUUCCUUUUUCCUGUCUCACUCCAGUGAAUUUGGUUUCCUUUUCAUAUUUAAGGUCUCAUAGGCCAUCUCUUCACUACAUAUCAGAAAAGGGAAUAAUAUUGCUAUGACUGCUGUUCCAGCAGAGGAAGCAGUUAUUCACAAGCCCAAACACACUGAUUAUGGUAUAGAAUAUCUAUAGAAUUCCUACAAUACGAGCAUUGUUCUCCUGUCCCAGGUAGUUCUCAAGGGAUAAUUUUUCAUCUCUGCUUUCGCUGUGGGGAAAAAGGCUGCAUGAGUCUCUCUUUGCACUUUUCGUAUUGAAUGGAGCCAUUGGAAUGUGAGAAAUGCAUUUAGCAAUGGGAGAUCUGGGAGACAGUAAACAGGUGCAUUGUCUGGGGGCAUCAAAGAACAGCCCUCAAUUCCCAGCAUGCAUUAGAUAAGUGCUUAAUUGUUCUUUUAUGUGGAGAGGAUACCACAGCGACUCCAUAGCAUCUUUAUCAACACAAUCUCUCUUUAAUUGUUGGUGUUUCAAGAACCUGUUUGAUUUGAGGUAUUGCAACACUGAUUAAUCUGAUGUUUAUAAUAGGAAAAGUAGGUAGGUAGUAUUUAUUAACAUCCAGUUAUACCUAUUUCAUCAUCCACCCACUGGAAUGAGUUUCCCAAUAUUUCGUGAAGCUGUGUGUUUUCAGAAAUGUCAUGUAGUGUUAACAAUGAGUGGUAUUUCAAUCAAAACACAGGAAUGUAGAUUCAUUCGUGUAUUUUUUUCUCACUCUUUUGAAAGGAUUUUUUUUAACGUGAUGCCGUUGAAACAAUGAUUUAUUGUUUUUCUCAUGUACACAUGCAGCUGUGCAGGGUUAGAAAACUAUGUAAAAUCAUCUUGCUGGUUUCUCAGUCAUUAUUUAUAUCUCCAGGAUCAUCACAGAAUGUGCCUUGCAGACACAAGUGUUGCACCUGGAGUUGCCCUUUUUUGUACACUAAGUUUGCCACAGACUGCUGUGAUGACCAUACAAACUUCUGUUAAUUAUUAUUUAAAAAUAAUUCAUGGUAUCAAAAUGUGAACAAAGCCCGUUGUUUCUUCCUCCUUUUAGAGAUGAGUUUCAGAAUUGGAGUUCACUACUGUUAAAUUCAUUGAAAUCUUUGUAAAAGUUUUUAAUCUGGAAUUCAAUGUAAUGUUACGCAAACUGAACGCAGUUAUUUGUUUUGUUUGGCUCUAAGCCAAGUCCAUGUUUAGGAAUGAACCUAAUUGUGUUCCAUAUGAUGUCAUGUUUAAUGUGAAACACUGAGAUAUAGAUUUAAUUUAUGUUUGAAAACUCAUGCCGGUGCUCCUGAUCGUGGGGUUACAUUUUCCUAAUUCAUGCUAUAGGAUUUUACGGUCUAAAACUGAGUAUUAGGGUACAUUUAAUACUGCAAUUUUGUCUUUGGCAGGUUAAGACUGUGAAAUUGUGUAUAUUCAUGAGAAAUAUUUAUUGAAAUUGUUUCUUGUGCAACAUUUGACUGUCUCAAUUUUGAUUUGUAAAAUGAACGAUGCUACUAAAUGUCAAUGGAAAUCUUUUUAAUAGAAUUUUUAGAAGUGCCAUUAGAAUGUAAUAUAAUUUUUUAAUAAGAAAGGUAUAUUUUAUAGUAAUAAAUUGCUUCUGUGUUAGUGGUUUAUAGAUUAGGGGACAAUCUUAUGCAGAAUUGACAUUGUAGAACUCGAGGCAAUUUAUUUGUAUGUUUUUGUUUUUGUGUGCGUUUUGUUUGCGCUUUCCGAGUGUUCUUGUGUGUGCGUGCUGUGGAGAUGUGACAAUCUUGAGUUAGGUCUUUUAUUAAAAUUAUGCAUAGAUUAAACAGAACCCUUUUCUGUG